GUCCUCCUCUUCUGCAACCAUCUCCUUUCCCUUUUCCUCUUUCGUUUUACCUUCGCGCCGCCGGUAGAGAGAGACACACACACAGAGAAAGGAAAAAAAAUGGGGAAGAAGGCGAAAACUUCAAGGAAAGGGAAAAAAGCAUGGAGGGCUAACAUAAGCACUGAGGAUAUUGAAGAUUUCUUUGAGAAGUCUACCAAAGAUGCUCUCUCCGGCGGCAAUCUCUCCGCUGCUCCCAGCGAGGACCUCUUCCACGUCGAUAAAUCCCAUGACCUUCCGGUGAAGAGAAAGAUUGAGAAACGUAGAGAGAGAGUGCUCCGUUAUGACAGUAUUAUGAAGAAGAACCCAUUUGUCCAGUUAGUGCCAUCUUCUAAGCCAAAGUUGAAGAAAAGUAAAAAGGCAACAAUCGUUACAGAAGAUAAAACACCUAAACAAGUUCAAAAGAAUGUUGGUGAUGAUUCUGUAAUGGUAGACUUGUGGGGUGAUGAUAAUAAAGGAGAACAUGAGACCAAUCCUAGAAAGAUUUUCAAAAAACCUUCAAUUAUUCCAGCAGUAGAAAUUGAACAUCCAGGAUGCUCAUACAACCCUACAACUGAAAGUCACCAGGAUAUGUUGGCUGAAGCUGUUGCUCAAGAAAUGCAGAAAGUUUACAAAACUGAGUUAGGGCCUGCACCUGUACCUUUGACUAUUGAUGGAGAUGACGUCAGUGAAGAUGAGAGGUACUUUCUUGGAGUGGAUAAAAGUCUUGGUGAUGGUGAAGAUGAAGAUGAUGAAGAAGACGUUGAGAAUGAAGUGUCUGAGGCUGGCAACAAUUUCGCAAGAAAAACAAAGAGGGUUACCCGCGUGGAAUUAAAUAAGCGAUGUAGGCAUAAGGCUCUGCGAAAAAAAGAGACAAAGGAAAAGGCUAAAAAGCAGAUCUCAAAGGAAAUUGACAGUUUACCAAAUAUCUUAAAAGAAAUAGCCCGAGAAGAUGAGGAUAAACAGAAUAAACAUUUACGACGGGUCGUCGCUAAGCAGGAAGUGCUAAAGAUACGUCCUCCACGUUUGGGAAAGUACAAAUUUGAGGCUCCACCAGUUCAAGUCCUCUUGACAGAAGAGAUGACUGGGUCACUUCGUAAGCUGAAGGCAUGUUGCACUCUUGCAAGAGAUCGAUUCAAGAGCCUCGAGAAGCGAGGAAUACUUGUUCCCUCAAAGAACAUUAGAAGGUCUUAGGAUCACUAUCUGCGGCUUGUUUGAGAAAAGAUUUUGGUAGAAAUCAACAACAAAAUACUGUCUCAAUCGACUCAUAUAUCUUGUGUUUUAACAUUAAGUUGUUUGAAAUGUUGUCAAAUUUUGAGUUUAUGAAUGAAAAACAAUAGAUUUUGCUACAAAUUUAAUCGCUCAUGAAGCAA